AUGGCGACCAUCUCGGGCAGCAGGGCCGUCCAGGGCAGCGAUGCUGCCGCCGACAUUGGAGCCUCACACCCGUAUACCUGCAACACAUGUCUAGUUGCCUUUCGCAACAACGACCUUCAAAAAGGGCAUAUGCGGAGUGAUUGGCACCGGUACAACCUCAAGCGCCGGGUUGCUUCUCUGCCUCCCAUCACGUCCGAGACUUUUACAGACAAAGUCCUACAGGCCCGCGCUGCAUCGACGGCCCAGGCUGACAAAGCCGGUUUCGAGAAAGGGUGUGACAUCUGCCAAAAGUCGUACUUCACCGAGAAUGCAUAUCGAAACCAUCUUGGGAGCGCGAAACACAAGGCAAAGGUUGCUGCCGCACCCUCAAGUUCAAAUGCCAAGGUCGACGACGAGGCAAGCUCCAUGGUGAGCUCGACAUUUUCGUUGGGAGAGCCAGCAGACGACAAGUCGGAGGUUGAUUCAGAUGCCGAGGAGGAGUUCAACGAAAUGGCCGAGGGACUGAAGAACACCGGGCUGCAAGACCGCAAAUCUCCCGUCAAGCGACCUUCAAAUCCCCGCCUGUCUGCCGCCGCCAACCGCAAGGUAGAUCAUCCUGUGUCACAGACGGCAAGUGAGCCACCGUCCAAGUCCGCGACGCCCUCAACGGCUGUCCCGGGCGCACCCAAGGGUGCCGUGGCGGACCCGUCUCUCAAGACGUGUCUGUUCUGCAACUACGAAUCACCAACCCCACCACUGAACGCCCUUCAUAUGGAGCGGAUACAUGGAAUGUUUAUCCCGGAAAAGCCGUAUUUAGUGAACCUGGAAGGAUUGCUGGGCGCCUUGCAAGAGCGUGUUUUUGUCUUGAACGAAUGCCUUCUUUGCAGCAAAGUGAAGGCCAAUACGUACGCGGUACAAACACACAUGCGAGACAAGGGCCAUUGCCAGAUUCCCUUUACGACUACAGACGAGCAGCUUGAGAUCGGCGAGUUCUACGAUUUCCGCAACACCUAUUCGGACGAUGAAACGUCGGAUGAUGAGUCCGAGGAUGAGUCAAUGGAGGACAUCAAGCCAAAUGGAGGUGCCAAGCUUGGCGCCAGACGGUCGUCCAAAGCCACUGGCGAUGGCGACAAGAAGAUGGAGGAUGAUGGCUGGGAGACGGACAGCUCUGCAUCAUCACUCGACUCCGACGAUCUGCACGCUGUCCCUGCCGAGCAGCACUACCACCAAUAUGCCCGUCUUGAUAAGCACCCGCACCACUCGCGCGACGACCAGCGUGCUCACCGCCAGCGCGAUGGCUUCCACGCUCACAACCACAAGCGUGCUCACGCCGUCUUCUACGACGAGUACGAGUUACAUCUGCCAUCAGGCAAGUCUGUAGGCCACCGCUCGCUGAACAAGUACUAUCGCCAGAACUUGCACAGCUACCCAUCCCCUGCGGAACGUGAGGAACGUGAGGGGCGCCUGGCAAUUGAGGCAGCAGAGGCUGCCGAAAACGAGAUGGACGUGGAUGGCGACAGUCGGCAGGUUGCUGUCCGCGACAGUGCCGCUCACGGUCGUGCCUUGGUAAACCGUGACCUUGGUGGUCUGGGUGGUGCCGGCGCCACAGAUCAGAGUAUGGCGCAUUUCAAGGGCAUCAUCAUGAGAGGUCGCAAGAAGGAGUUCUCAGGGCAGAGGCAGAGAGAGGUGGGUCACAGCAAGAGAUACUUCAAGGAAGUGCACCGUAACCCCGUGUCAUACCUGCGUUAA